AUGCCUGACGGAAUACCACAAUGGAAUUUAAUACAACUAGUAUUUAUUAGUGUCUUUACAUGUUAUGUGUCUUUUAUGCGUCUGCCUAAUGGAGGUCUGGAAGUGGCAUCUCAAUUUCUCUUGCUCUUUGUCGUUUGUGUACCGGCAUUGUUUAUUCAGCUUAAAUUAGGCGGCUAUUUACAAAAGGGCAUUGUGGGAGUUUUCAGUCUAUAUUUCCCAAUAUGGAAAGGAGUUGGAAUAGCAGCUUUAAUAGAAUUGUUAAUCAGGAUAACUAACUAUGCUCCUAUUGUGGCCCAGUUUGGUACCUAUGCCUUCAUCUCGAUCUCAGAAACACCCUAUGUAUGGGGUAGUUGUAGUAACAUAAGAGAUAAUAGACUAUGUUUUGAAGAUAAAGGCACAGAUCAGUUUGAAACACGAUAUUUUGAAGCUCAGAGACCAGAAGAACUAUUUUAUAAAAAUGAGUUUCUACAGAAGUCUGGUGGAAUAAAUCAUUUAGAUGGUUUCCCACAAUGGCAGUUUACAGAAAUAGCAAGAAAAGCUGAAGUGUCGUUGAUGCCUGUGACGUUAGCUAUUGUAUGGGUGAUUGUGUUUCUAUUAGUAGGAUUUGGUGCUCGUGUUUGUGGAUGGGUAUUAUUUUUACUGGGACCAGCAGCUCUAUCAUGUUUAUUAGCUGUGUUAGGUUAUGGUUUUGCUCAUCUACCAAUAGAACAUACUAUAGAAUUUCUACGACAACGUUAUGUUUUUACACAAAAUAAUGGACUAAUUGAGACAUUUAUCAGUGGAUUUCAAUCGUUGAUGUAUGCUAUGCCUGUAUGGACUGCUAUAGCUACUACUAUAGGUAAAUUAUGUGGUCGUGGAAGAACAACCAGAAAUGUUUCCUGGUUAGCACUAGUGUUGAUAUUUGCCCUGGUCUCACAGAUUCCACCAAUAGCUAUGUCACCGUAUCUAGGAAGUAUGAUAUUUGAUAAACAAAGUCCUGGUUUUGAUGAAUUUAAUGGACCAAGUGUUAUUUUAUGGCAGAUGCCUGCAGCAUUUACAGCACUUCAAAUUCCUCAACCAUAUUCAUUCCUUUUCUUAUUAUCAGCUUUUAUAUUUGGUCUUAUGUAUUUGUGUAUAGGAUGUUUAACUAUAGUUGAUAAUAUUAUGGAUUCAUUAGAAGAAUGGGUUGAUAGAAAGUCAUGUAGUAAAAUAGCUAUUCAUCUUCUCAUGUCAUUUGUUGUUAUGUGUAUUGCUAAAGGAUUGGGAAUCUUACAGACCACUAGAGCUGGUUAUUAUUAUUUUGGUUUGAUAGAUCAAUCUAUAACAAGACUACAGUUUAUAUUAGUUAUAUUACUGGCGUUUGGUCUAGUGGUUGUUUAUUUGAAACAGAACUUUGCCUUAGCAGAACGUAUUAUAAUGGCUCUAUGGGUAUGUGUAGCUGCUACUAUAACAGCUGGCUGGUGGCAUUAUAUGUUUUUGAAGAGUAAAGAUUUACCUAUUAAACUAGUUGAUUAUACUUUCCCUGAUGAAUGGAACUAUGUUGGUUGGGGUAUAGCAGCCUUCCCCUAUAUUGGUGUAUUUAUAGGAGCAAUACAUGCUAUGUGUACUGCUAAAGGUUCUUGUUCACAGAAAUUAUCCAAAUGUUUUUGUGGUAUCACUGAAAGAGUUAGAGAACAUGAACAUGAUGUUAAUGGUUACCAUCAUCCACCUCCACCCUUGCCAGAACCCAGCGCACCACCCUACACCUACAUGGAACAAGCUUAUCCUAUGGAUGACAUGAUGUAUAAAAUGGAUUAUGAUUCAGCAGAAACUGAACCUCUCACGCCCACAGGAACUAGAAUCUAAUUUCAUCUUUUGGUUUUUAUUCACCACAAUUGCAGCAUUCAAUUUUUUAUAACUGUUAAAGAUUUUAGUGGUAUUGUUAUGUAUUUUGCUGCCUUAGAAAGUGACAGUUUUUUUGAGGUUGUUUUUAAGACAUAAUGUGCAAUGAUGGACUAAAACAGCUGUUUUGUUUAAGUGAUUAAAUGUUAAUGAGGUUUGUUUAUUUUUUGGAGAAGGACUUCAAUAAAACAAGUUGGAAUAGAGUUCAGAACGCGCUCCUUGUGUGCCAAAAAAAGUAGGUACUGACAGAAUUCAAAAUGGCGGAACAAUUUUGAAUGUGACAUACUAUGGUUUGGUAGUGUUUGAUUGAAGCCAUAAUUGAAACAAACAGAACCUGUUCUGAACUCAUCAGUGUUUG